AUGUAUCCGAACCUUGAUGAGAAUUCUGCACCAGAGGCUGUACAAAGAACCGAAGAGCCCAACGACACUACAGGCGAGGCUUUGGCUAGCGAAACAAUCCAUGAACGAGACGCCGGUUACGAGAAUUUGGACGAGCUCGCCGGCCCAGCCCCCGAACAAAAUCCAGAAGAGGGUUCAAAUUACAGACACAGCAAUCUGGAGGAUGAGCGCGAGGGAGAAGACGAAGAAAAACUCCAUGGUCGACCUCCAGGGACGGACACACGUUGGGAGCAUAGUGCCGCUCGGAGUUCAGCUGGAGAUCCGGAUCGAUUUAUCAAGUUCAAAGUCUGGUCGCAUCUGGUCCUGUGUUCGAUACUUGGUACACUUGCCAGGCUGGGAUUACAAGCACUUACACGAUAUCCAGGGGCGCCAAUACCGAACACGGAGCUGUGGGCCAACAUUGGGGGCAGCUUCGUGAUGGGAUUCAUUCGAGAGGAUAGACUAUUAUUCAGGAAACACUGGGCGAACGCAAAGAUACCGCGCGAGUCGACUCGCACGUCGAAAGAGGAGGGGUCGUCCGAGCCAGACAUAAAAGCCAUCAGUGAAUCAUUCUUGGCAGCGAAGGCAACGAUCCCUGCGUAUAUAGGCGUGACGGUCGGGUUUUGUGGAUCCUUCACAUCUUUCUCUUCAUUCAUUCGAGAUGUAUUUCUCGCUUUGUCCAAUGACCUCAACACCGCGUCGAUCUCGUCAAUGAUCGUGACAUCAACUCCCGAAGCACGCUCAGGUGGAUACAGCGUCAUGGCUGUACUCGGCGUGCUGAUAGUGGAAAUCACAACCUGUCUUGGCGCGCUCUCCUUUGGAGCGCAUAUGGCCACAUUUCUGCAUCCGUUCGCCGACUCUGUAUCGAGCAUCAAUAUGGAGAAAUAUCUAGACGUUCUUGCCUCCAUCCUUGGCUGGGGCGUCUGGAUUGGAGCAAUCAUCAUGGCAAUUCUCCCACCUGAUCGAUUCGGUAGCACGAAAGAGACUUGGAGAAGUCAAGUCUUGUUCGCUCUGGUGUUUGCACCCGUGGGCUGCUUCGUUCGAUUCUGGCUAUCCUUACAGCUUAAUGGGAAGAGCAAGAGUUUUCCACUUGGUACAUUCAUAGCAAAUACCAUGGGGACCCUUGUCUUAGGUAUGUGCUACGCGCUUCAGCAUGUAACGCUGCCUGGCAGUAGUAGAAGUGUAGGUGGAGGUCUGAUUGGAUGUGCGGUCUUGCAAGGAAUCCAGGAUGGAUUUUGUGGCUGCUUGACUACUGUAAGCACUUGGGCAUUGGAACUGAAGGGUUUGCGCACGAGCCAUGCCUAUCGUUAUGGUAUUGUGAGUGUCGGCGUGUCAUUCUGUCUUCUAGUAGUAAUCAUGGGUACAGUGAGGUGGUCUGUAGGCUUUUCUGCACCUGCAUGCAAGAUUUGA